UUGCAAAUUCUCUUUCAGUGGUCUGUGCAGAGCCAUACAACAGCUUCGACCACAUCACAAACUGCCACCGCCCCGACAGUAAAGAACGUUUGGGCGAAUCAGGAAGAUCCUAUGCAGCUGAUAUUUGGAAAAUGUGGAAAUGGUGCCGCAAGCGGUGAUUCCCGCAUCACAUCGCCAAAUAAUCAGCAGCAUGCGGAAAAUGAAAUCAAUCUGAUUGAUCCUGCCAAUGAAGAGUUACGUCGCCGGAUUUCACAAAUGUUGCAAAAGUCCAUUCUCGAUAGCGAGGACAGGGACUGUCUGCAGCAGCUCAUUCGAUUGGUGCAACAUUUGGAUUUGAUGGCGCAACGCAGCGAAUCCAAUUCGCUGAAUACCAACUCGUGUUCGAGUGAUGAGGCCAGCAGCUUGGAUUUGGUAAAAUCGCGUAUAUCGGACUAUAGUUCAGCAUCGUCGCCUUCAAGCGCUCGCUCCGCGUACGAAGCAAGCAACAAUACAAGCAGCAGAAGCAGCAGCAGCAAUCCAAGCUUGAAAUCAGUCACAAAACCUGCCGUACCUGCCACACCGCUCCCCAACGCAGCCCGUAUUGUUGCAACCGUUUCGCCCUAUAACAGUUCGCCGCAGCAUCAGGCCGCCUACAAUCACAGCAGUGGUAACAAUCAGUUGGUUCCGACGAAUACACCAACCGAUUCGCCACGCAAGUCCCGCCAGGCCUGGCAGAGCAACAGCCUCAGUGAGAGCGGCGUAUUCGUUGAGUCGGAUUUCUUGAGCGACGUCAGUGAGAACAACGCCUGCACUCAGACCGACUUCGAGGAAGAAAGUAUUGCAUACGCAGCGCGCGAUUUUUGCAACGAACUACAAAAACUCCAGCGCACCGAUCCCACACACAAGGUCGGCGCGACCAAAGUACCUGCCCAACUAUCGCCGAAUUUAAGCGACCAAAAGCGGCUGCAGUAUUACAAAGACCGUGUGGCGCUACUAGAGAACAAGGUACUCAUAUACGAGAGUUCCGGCGACUUGCAGACCAAGCGAUUGGCCGAUCGUCUACAACGCGAGAUUUUGUUGGAGAAAGAACUGAAGGAGCUACGCGACCGUGUCGAGUUUUUGGAAAGUGAGAAUUUAACGCUCGAAGAGGAAAAGUGUGAGUUCGAGGAGGCUGAGAACGACACACGUUUACGCCUACAGCGGUUGGAAGUCGAGCUGGAAAUUCUCAGUCAACGAAACGUUGAGCUGGAAAUGUCCAGAGAAGCAUUGAGUGCCAAGUACAAAGACUGCCGUUCUGAGUGUUUGAUUUUACGUGACGACCUAGCCGUAACCGAAACGCAAAUUCGUCACCUCGAGGAAGACAAGCAGAUAGCCAAAGAGAAUCUAGAGAUACUUCAUAGUUUGUUGCCAUUGUUAUUGACGUACUACACUACGAUCACGUUCACGCAGUGGGCGAACACCACCAGCAGCGACUGCACAUCACGGCCAGGAACGCCUAGGAAAACAAACGAAACUCAGUCACUUGCGAAGAACCCAGCUACUGAAAUGGGCAACGUGAUGCCAAUAGUCUCUGAACAGCUGAAUGAUGUAUUACCCGCGUUUUCGGGUAAUCAAUUUGUUCGCGCUACUCCAAUGCCAAACUUUAACUGCGAAGAUCAGUUUUAUCGCAAUGAGAGCCCUGAAGUGUCGAACUGUGUGUGCCAGUACCUGAAGGAAGAAGUGAAAUGUUUACGAAAUCAAAUUAAGGACUUGAAUUCCCGUCAUUACGAGGCCAUGGAGUCGGCUGACUGCCAUUGGGUAGAACUAGAGCGUCAGUACAAGGAUCGUGAGGAGGCGUACCGUGCCAAGGAGUGCUGCCUGAAGUCGAAAAUACAGAAGCUUCAGGACUGUUUGCGGGAUGAUGCGCGCGCAGCCAACGAGAAGAUCUGUCAAUUGGAAGAAGCAGAGCGCGACUUGAAGAACUGUCUUGUGCGCGUGUCCAAGGAACAUCGAGACUUAACGGAUGAUCAUGAAUCCAUAAGCGCGGAAUACGAACGUGUCAGGGAGCAAUUGGAUGCGUUGAAAGAGCAACAAAAGCCGACAAUCGACCAGCUGGAACAGGAGAAGAAACGCAACAAGACCCUGAACGAUGAACUCAGCUUCAUGCGAAAAUUGCAACAGGAAACUGAGUCAAGAAACUUGACCGAAGUGGAAGCUUUGCAGGGACAGCUGUUCGAACUGAAGAAGGAGUUCUUACAUAUUGAAGUGACUAACAGCGAGCUAAAAGAAGAAGUGGCCACACUAGAGCAACAGAUUGUCAAACUACAGAAUACCGAGAAGGAGUGCGAAGACAAGAUACGCGUGCUGCAAGACGAGGUGAAGAGCAAGGAGGAGAUGGUGCAGAAGCUGGAGAAACGGCUGGAACGAUCGGAAGGCUAUAGCUUGGCACAAGAGCUGAGUGGAAGCCCGUCGAAACGUUUCAAGCGCGAAGACGUCAAAGAUCUAAAGUCAGCCAGCACUGGCUUAGGGAAUGCGUUGCGUAAUUUCAAGGAAUGCGAGACAAACUUACCUUCCCACCAGCAAUUCUCGAGCGUGGCUCGCGAUGUGAAGAGGCUGGCAGACAGCCUACUGCAUGGCGAUUCGCUGGACGAUGAGGCACUGCAGAAAAGUGCUCCCAAACUGAUACUCACAGAGAUUACACGCAUCUAAAUAGCGCCCAAACCAUUAACCUCCGCAUAGGAC